GAGAGGUGAGGAGGGCAAGCCCAAAGAGCAGAAGCUCAAGGUGCUACCGGAGUCUACCAUGGCUGGAAGCAAGGAACUAUUGGUGCUGGAAAACUUCAUAGAUGGAAAAUUUUUCCCUUGCAGCUCCUACAUAGAUUCUUAUGAUCCAUCGACAGGGAACGUGUACUGCAGAGUACCAGAUAGUGGAAAAGAAGAGGUCCAAGCUGCUGUAGCAGCAGCCCACGCGGCCUUUCCUGCCUGGUCAUCCAGGAGUCCACAGGAGCGUUCACAGGUGCUAUACAGGCUGGCUGACUUGCUGGAACAAUCGCUGGAGGAGUUUGCCCAGGCGGAAUCCAAAGACCAAGGGAAAACCAUCACCCUGGCAAGAACCAUGGACAUUCCGCGGUCUGUACAGAACUUCCGGUUCUUUGCCUCCUCUAUCCUGCACCACACAUCGGAGUGCACGCAGAUGGACCACCUGGGCUGCAUGCACUACACAGUGAGGGAGCCGGUGGGAAUCGCGGGUCUGAUCAGUCCUUGGAACCUGCCGCUCUACUUGCUGACCUGGAAGAUUGCUCCAGCAAUUGCUGCAGGCAAUACUGUCAUUGCCAAGCCCAGUGAGAUGACUUCAGUGACCGCGUGGAUGAUGUGCAAGCUCCUCGAUGAAGCAGGUGUUCCUCCAGGAGUGAUAAAUAUUGUGUUUGGAACUGGGCCUAAAGUAGGUGAGGCCCUGGUAUCCCACCCAGAGGUGCCCCUCAUCUCCUUCACUGGGAGCCAGCCCACAGCUGAGCGGAUUACACUGCUGAGUGCUCCUCACUGCAAGAAGCUCUCCUUGGAGUUAGGGGGCAAGAAUCCUGCCAUCAUAUUUGAGGAUGCCAACCUGGAGGAGUGUGUUCCAACCACUGUCAGGUCCAGUUUUGCAAAUCAGGGUGAAAUUUGCCUCUGUACCAGCAGAAUCUUUGUUCAGAAAAGCAUCUAUAGUGAAUUUUUAAAGAAAUUUCUGGACGCUACCAGAAAAUGGAAAGUUGGCAUUCCUUCUGAUCCAUCUGCCAAUAUGGGAGCCCUGAUAAGUAAAGCUCAUUUGGAGAAAGUCAGAGGCUACAUCAAGAGAGCUCGUGCUGAAGGGGCCCAAAUUCUGUGUGGGGAGGGAGUGGAUAAGCUGAACCUGCCACCCAUGAAUCAGGCAGGCUACUUCAUGCUUCCCACGGUGAUAACAGACAUUAAGGAUGAAUCCUGCUGCAUGAAGGAAGAGAUAUUCGGCCCAGUGACAUGUGUUGUCCCCUUUGAUAGUGAAGAGGAAGUGAUAAAAAGGGCCAACAAUGUUAAAUAUGGAUUGGCAGCUACAGUGUGGUCCGGCAACGUGGGGCGAGUUCAUCGCGUGGCUAAGAAGUUGCAGUCAGGUUUAGUCUGGACCAACUGUUGGCUCAUCAGGGAGCUGAACCUCCCUUUUGGGGGGAUGAAGAGUUCUGGGGUAGGUAGAGAAGGAGCCAAAGAUUCUUAUGAAUUCUUCACUGAAGUCAAAACCAUCACGGUUAAACACUGACCUUGGCCGUCCUGGCUGUAGGGAGUCAUUCAUCCAGAGUGGUGAAGGCUCACAUUAAUCCUAGCCUUGUCAAGAAUCAGGAGAAAGUUGUCUGCUGCUUAUCUUAGUAGUUUUCAUUUUUUGUCCACUGGCGAAGUUUCAAUGUGGAAGCAGAGAAGAGAGAAUUCUAAAUAGGAAUGUAGAUGCCAAACAACAGUCAGACUUUCCCAAUGUUAUGUCUUCAAAAUAUCUAAAAUAUCUUUUAGUUUAUGAUCUUGGUUGAACUCUUGGGAAUUCAAGAAAAAUCAGAUUGUCUUCAUUUAAAAGUAUGUCAAACAUAAAAAAAAUUAAAGUCAGAAAGAAACAAAUCACAUUUUCAUGUAUGGGGAGACUAUCAAGAUGAUUUCCAUAUAUACCAGUCAGGAGUUGGUCCAAUAAAUCAGUGAUCAACAAUUCCUGAUUACGAAGGAGACAGUGAAUAUCAGUGGAAUUUGUCAAAGAAGGUGUAUAUGGUAGGCCCCACUAGAUGUAACAGUACAAAAAAUGAGAUUAAAAUAACAGUAUUUGGGGGGGGAAAUAGAACAUAAAAGGAAGUCAGUUGAUCUAUUCCUAGACAAAGUUUGUCAAUUCUAAUUCUUUUUUUGUUUGUUUGUUUUAUUAGUGAAACACCAAGAGAUACAGUUGUAGACUUACAAACUUUCGUGCUUGGGUUUCAGUUAUACAAUGAUCGAGUACCCAUCCCUCCACCAGUGCCCAUUCUUCACCACCAAUGAUCCCAGUAGCCCACUCACCCUCUACCCCAUCCCCCCACCCCAGCCUGCCUCUGUGGCAGGGAAUUCCCUUUUGCUCACUUUAUCCUUUAGUGUGUUGUAGUUUGCAAUAGGGGUUUUGAGUGGCCAUCGUGUUCGGUCUAUAGUCUACUUUCAGCACGCAUCUCACAUCCUGAGCGAGUCCUCCAAAUAUCCUUUGCUAUCAAUUCCAACUCUUAAUGUAUUUAUCACAUGGAAUGUACACUUUACCAAUCCUAAAAGAAUAAAUGUCAAGUAAUUUUAGUAACCACAGUGGCUUUUAUUUUAUGAAAAUAUCCUGUAUUUUUAUUCGCAGUUCUUUAGAAAUAUAGCAUUUUUACAAAAUAAUGAAGAUUUUAUAAUGAUUUUUUUUUACCGAAUUCCCCCAUGGUCAAAGGAGAGUCUUAGGCUUACCAAGAUUGAAUAGUAUGCUCAAGGUCACACAUGAGAUGUGGGACAAAAGGAGAGUUUGAAUCUAGGACUCUCUGAUUCCAAAGCUCAUGAUCACUUCUCCCUUUAUACUGGUCUUGGAUUGUGCUUCAGAAGCAGAAACGUGCUUACAGUUUCUGGAACAUAACACAUUGUGUCUUCACUCCAUGUCUCUCCUCUGCUUUGACUCUCCCCACCUCUCUCCUUCCCAGAUCACUCAGACAUGUAACUCAGGAACUCUUACUGCUUGGUCCACCAUUUCAUUUCCACACUGAAUGAAAUGAUCAAUUUUCCUGUCUGACUAGACAGGAAUUGGAAAAGACCAGCAUGGACCUAAAAUCUCUACUCUUUGCAAAAUAUCUUCAUACAGAAAAGGUCAAAAGGAGUUCCUGAAACGGGACCAUCUUUCACUGAUGCUCUGAGAUAUUUCCUUGUAUGAUGUAUGGGGUAUUGCAUCGUAAGGACAGAGCAAUUCUCUAUAAUUUGUGUCUGACACCUGAAUAUGUUGGCUUGUUCACACCAGGACUGAAAAGUCUAAGUCCCUUUGUAAUCAGGUUAUGUUGUUGCAUCACACCUGACUCCUAGCUUCGUCCUCUCUCAUUUCUCCUCUUCCUUUCCCAAGCUGUCUCCUGCUCACUGUAAUCUAGGAUUAAUUUGGGUGUCCACUGGAAGAAUUCUAGCAGCUUCAGUCACUAAAGAAUGUGCGUCUUCGUUCUUAUAAUUGGUGUAACCCAAGAUUGUCCUUAAUUAUUGUUAUUUUUGGUAUGACACCAGGGAGCAAGCCCAGAGCCUCAGAAGUACAUAGCAUGCAGAACUCCACCAAAUACUCAAUAACUUCUCUAGACUCAAACAUCAUUGAAUCCAAGGUCCAAUUAUUGACCACUUAAAGGCCAAUAUUUGAGAGACAGCAAUUGUUGCAAUAAAAGUAUUUAUUUAAAAGUUAGCAAUCUGUAAAGAUGGUGGGGUUGUUCCCAAAUGAAAACACUUUCAGGCUGGAGCUUGGGGGUUAUUUCUAAAGAAGUGGUGGAGAGUAGAUAGGUAAACACAGAAAAGGGUGGUAGACUGGUAUGGGGGUUGGGUCUUGUCAUGUUGCAGAUUGCUGAUUUCCACGGUUUGAUGAAAUCAGUGGGACAUGCAGGCUUGAUCUUUUUAAAACUUAAGAUAAUGGCACGGUACGUUUGGUUGUCUAUGGAUGUCAUCAGGGAUAACACAUUUGUUCUUUUCCUUUGUGGUUGAUUCUUAGCUUACAUAGUUCAUAGAAACAUUUAUUAAUAUUAGGGUAAAUGAAGAAGCAAGUGGUGAGAAAAGAUUGUAGAAGUCUGAGAAUAACAAAAUGGAGUUUCUAAUGCCUUCUCAUUUGCAUAAUAUCACCCUUAUUAUUGAGAUCUAAGGUGUAUCUUGAUCUCAAACUUUAGCAAUUGAAACUUUUUUCUCCUUAUGCCUGAAUCCAUAUCCUCUUCAUACUUAUUUUCUGCGUAGAAGACAGUUCUCACUAGGACUUGGAUUCAACUCUACUUUUGUUAAGUACUUGCCCUGACUCUAGGUGCUAUAUUAUAGAACUGCAUGUUUCUUGUUAACAGACAUCCUGGGUGCCAUUUUCCUGUCACUCAGUUUCUUUGGAUUGCCCUCUUCUUGGGCUCAUAAGGAAAUCUUGUUAAUUCUCUCAGGGCAUAACCAUAUGUGUUUUCUCUUUGUCCCCACACUAUACUACUUUUUCAAGGAUUAAAACCACUAAUGUAUACUCUGUCAUCUCUGAAGGCACACAUCCACAUCUCAGACUCUCUGCUUGCUCUGUUCCUCAGAUGAAGUUAUGUAUUUGUGGUCAAAAACCAAAUUAAUAAUCAAAAAAUAAGUUGAAAAAAUAAGUCAGAUGUAUAGAAGAUCUAAAAGGGAAAUAUAAGAAGUUAAGGUGUAGAACAGAUGCAAAAAGCUAUUAACAAGUAAAGCCUAGGAGGUCACGAGUUGCCCCCCACGAGUGGCUCUCCAACACGGCCAUGGCUCCAGAGGCAAAAGGACUUAAUCCAGAGCUCGGCAGCCUGCGGCAGAAAAGUGAAUGGACUAUGCGUUAAACUACGGCACCAUGCCUCCCCGGGAGGGAAAGGGUGUCGCUCCCUUCCACCUUCCCCCCCCUCCCCACCACACACACAGUAAGGUGGCCUCAGAGCUUAUUGGAAAAUCAGGUAUGAGUCAGCGGUGACGGGGCAACUGCAGUCUCAUGGGAAGGGGGGCAGUAACAGCUCUUCCUUCACGCCCAACCGAGAUCACGAGUUGCCCCCCAUGAGCAGCUCUCCAGCAUGGCCAUAACACCAGAAACCAAUCUCGUAUUUAUGUGGCUAUUGGAAGAAAUCCCUCCAGACUUACCUAGUGAGAUAUCAGAAAUCCAAAAUCACACGGCCACUAUCAUGGCCACGCAACAUCAUAUGGUUCUCAUAACCAGCUAUAGAAAACAAAUUAUUUCACAAUGCCUUUUUAGCUGUUCUGAUUGUUGGGGGGAAAUUCUAAACAAUAAUGGUGCAUCUUUUGUCAAAAUAAUGAAUUUAAUCAAAGUAGAGAGAGAGUUAAGUAGAAGUCA